AUGCUGAUACAUCUACCCCCCAUCCUCUUGCAGCUAAUUACGUGGGAAAAUGCCGUUUACCACUUAGACCCCGUGCUGGUUGGCGCCUGCAAGCAAGAUGUAUUGCAAAAUUGUCACUCCCUCUUGUCCAAAGCAGACCAGGCACCGGAAAGUUUGGAUGGCAGUGUCCGGGAGUGCUUGAAAGACGCUUUCCAACAAGGUAAACUACAGUCGCGAGAAUGCGCCAUGGAGGUGGUUCUGACAAUCCGGGAAGGGCAAGCCGACAUACAUGUUGAUCCGGUACUGCAUCGAGCCUGUGCAGUUGAGUUGCAGCAAAUUUGUGGCGAAGAUCGCUUCAUUUGA